AUGGACUCGAUUGAUACUCCGGCGCUCCUGCUACUCGACCUCCUACCAGCAGCGCUCGCUGGAAUCGAUCUUCUCUCCUUCACCGUGACACCUCGCUUUCGAGGCGUAAAGAAUUUGCCGCCCGGAUUUCAUUUCGCCUUUGUCGGUACAAGCACCGCCUUCUCAGAACGUCACGGCCUCUGGUUCCGCGUGCCUGGUAGGGCUUCGUCCGAUGGACAGCACCUGUUCAUCACGAAGUGGGAAGCAUCUACAGAGACGCUGAAGACCGAGACAGAUGAAACCGAGAGACUCAGAUGGAGGGCGAAUUUGGGCUCCAUCUGGAAGGAAGGGCUUACGCCUUAUCGACAAACCAGCACAGAUACGCAUGUGGAAGCCGGAAGGGAGGAGAUCAAUGACUGGCCGGCAUUGACUUCGGCCAUUACCGCGUCCGUACUAACGAGGACUACGAAAGGCGAUGCAAACCACUGGUACCUGACAUCAGCAAGCUCCGCGCGGCGAGAUAUUGAAGACAUUCCUGGCCUGGACGAAGAUGACAAGAAUGCAAUGCAAGCAGAUCGAGAACUAAAUUUUCUGCCUAUUGAUCUCAAAAAGACCUGGCGAGAAGGUGCCACAGGGCGCGAGCGCACCGAGGCUGCACAAGAUUUUUCCUGGGCACUCCUGCAUCUGGUAGAGACUCAGUGUACAGAUCGGGAUAUCAAUGAGAUCCUUGGCGAGCUACAGUUCUGCUUUCUGAUGAUCCUGUCCAUCAACAACUUCAGCUGCUUGGAGCAAUGGAAGCGACUUCUCAUGCUGAUAUUCACAUCAAAGUCUGUAGUAGACGAGAAGUCGGACUUCUUCAUCAAAGCCAUUGCUGCACUGCGACUGCAGCUUCAGCACUGCAAGGAUGCAGAAGGCGGCCUGAUCGACCUCGCAGAUGAGGGCGGUUCUCUGCUGAAGACGCUGCUCGUACGGUUCAGGAAUGGUUUGGAAGGCAUGACAGGCAUUGGCGUAUCAGAUGUUGCCGAUGAGCUCGAUGACCUGGAAGACUAUCUGCGACAAGAGCAUGGCUGGACACUGGGCGGUGACCACCUUCGCUCUGGAGUACUCGAAUUGGAGGAUGGCGAGCAGCUGCACGUGGAAAGCACCAUGUACGAUGAAGAUGAUGAGACGGGCGAAUACGCUCCGCAGAUAGUCGAUCUGACACCGGAACAAGCCCGACUGCUCAACAUCACGCCAGAAGACACGCGUAAGCUCGGAUUGGAGUUGAGCAAAUCGUCACUCCACGAUCCAGCCCAAGAAGUGGUCGAAAGUGACGAAGACUCUGAUGAUGAUGAUGAUGAUGAUGAUGAUGAUGAUGACGACGAUGAUGAUGGGGCGGAAACCGAAGCGCAUUCGGUGGUGCUGGGAGCAAGCGACGACGAAGAAGAAGAAGAGGAGAUGCAAGACCUUGAGAAUAUGGAUUCAAGAUACUGA